AGGCUCUCACCACGCAUGGGCAGACGCGACCUGGAGCGUCGAACCCACGCCGGGUACGCCUGCGCAGAAGCGAGGCGCGCCGGGGCGGCUGGAGCGGUUCCUUCGCAAGCGGCGCCAUUUUGUGCUAGGAGCCGAGAUAAAUCCAGCCCGGUUUUCUGUGAAGUGGGCGGCGGAGCCAGGGUCCCUGGAAUGGCGGAGACUCUGUCAGGCCUAGGCGAUUCGGGUGCGGCGGGCGCAGCGGCUCUGAGCUCCGCCUCGUCGGAGACCGGGACGCGGCGCCUCAGCGACUUGCGGGUGAUCGAUCUGCGGGCGGAGCUGAGGAAACGGAACCUGGACUCGAGCGGCAAUAAGAGCGUUUUGAUGGAGCGGCUUAAAAAGGCAAUUGAAGAUGAGGGGGGUAAUCCUGAUGAAAUUGAAAUUACCUCUGAAGGAAAUAAGAAGACAUCAAAGAGAUCCAGCAAAGGUAUGGAGGAUUUUAUAAGCAUUGCUAAUGUUAGGAACGUUUUUCAGAAUUGACUUCCUUUGCUAAUGUGUUUGUGGACUGCCCUGUGAAUCAGAAGGACCUUGAAUGAAGGUUUGCAUUUUCUUUAAAGAUCCCUCCACUGUACUUUUGUUUCCAUGGUUCUUGGGAACUCAGAGGAUGGAAGAGGUACUUAACACAUCUACUUAUUUUCCUCUGUAGGUUUCUCAGCAGCCGUUGCUUAUCCAGGCUCUUAACCUUCUUUAAGUAGAGAGUGUUUAGAAUUACUUGAGUCUCCUAUUGACUUGACUUGUGGAAAAUAACUUCCUUUUUAAAUACUGCCUGGCCAAAACAGAGUUGUCACUUUUACAGACAUUGCUUUCAAAAACUGCAUACCGCAUAAAAGCCAGAUUCCACGUGGCAUUAAUGCCCUUCACCGUCCGCCCCAAAUCUUCCCUUCCCCACUUCCUCCCCCACCAGCUUCCUCUGUUACAUAUACCUUUAAUCAGGUCCCAAACAUGUGGUUUACUGUCUUGGCUCUCUGGGCCUUCGCUUAUAUGUUCCGCCCACUCCUCUUCCCCAUUUGUCUGCGUUCAAGUCCUAGUUCAUCAAGCGAUAACUUCUGAUCCCACCAACAGCAGGUCUUCUCUCCUUAGGUCCUCUGUGCUGCCAUGGCCUGAGUUAUAAUGCUUACGUCUCAUUCUGCCUUGUGUCACAAUCAGUUACCUUGUUGAGGACAGGGGCUGCGUCUUCCUUGUCUUUCUUCCUGCUUAGUAUUUAUUCAUUGAGUUACUAACGGAAUUCAGUGACAUUCACCUACUGUUUUAAGAAAGAAUUAGCUAAAACUGGGCAUUUGGGCUGUCCUGCAAGUUCUCUUGGUAAUUGGAGGUUUUAUUGCUCAGGCCCCAAAACAAAACGAAAUAUUUUUACCUGGUCAUUGGUGAAGAAUUGGGUGUGAAGUGUCUAAGAGGCAGGCACCAAUAUCAGCCAUGCUCUGGGGUAUAUAAGCUCUGGAAGAACAGCAGUCAGUGACCUCGCUUUGGAAUGAAGUCACCUCUGCGGUCCACAGUUCAUCGAGCAUUUUUGGUUUUGCCCAAGUCAGUGUUUUUGCCAAGGCAAAGAGUGCUGAAAAAUCAACAGAAAGACAGUUAUAGACUGGGAAAAAGUAGGGCCUGUGUAUAUCCUUUUUGCUUUCUUUUUCUUUUUAACAGAAAAAGAAAUGCUUGUGUUAAGGUCUUUGGAAAUACAGAUGUGCAUUAAGUAAAGUGUUGAAAUUCCUUUCCAUUCAGGAGGCAACCCGUUGUUAAAAGUGUGGGCAUAUUUUCCCAGACUUAUCGAUGUGUCUGCAGUUAUCUAAAAAUACAGAAAGAUGUGCACACGCCUGUGUGCCUUUGUCUUUCCUUUAAAAAAAAUCGGUUCUGCUACACACCAUAUUCUCUAAUUUGUUUUUUUCACUUAGCAUGUUAAGGACAUUUUUUGAUGGUGCUGAAAAUAAAAAGAACUUGUUCUUUUAACAGCUGAGUAGUCAUUCUUCAUAUGAUUGUACCACAGUUGAGCUCAUCAGUCUUAUUACUUGACGGUUGGGGUUUGUUCCAGUUUUCAGCACAGCCGUGAACCAGAGCUAUCUCUGCUGAAGGAAUAUGUUUUUGUUAACUUAUUGGAAGUAGAAUUCCGGGGUCAAAAGAUAUGUGCAUUUUAUUUUAAAAAUAGCUACUAACGGGCUUCCCUGGUGGCGCAGUGGUUGCGCGUCCGCCUGCUGAUGCAGGGGAACCGGGUUCGCGCCCCGGUCUGGGAGGAUCCCACAUGCCGUGGAGCGGCUGGGCCCGUGAGCCAUGGCCGCUGAGCCUGCGCGUCCGGAGCACAGGCGUCCGGAGCCUGUGCUCCGCAGCGGGAGAGGCCACAACAGAGGGAGGCCCGCAUACCACAAAAAAAAAAAAAAAAAAGCUACUAACAAAUAGCUCUCCAACAGGCUGUACUGGUUAAUAUCCGGCAACAUAAGGGGUGGGAGAGGGUGCCAAUUUCUUCAAAUUCUCACGUAAUGCUGAAUAUAUUUUUAAUGUUGUCUUAUAUUAUAGAAGAAAAGUAUUUCAUUGUAUUUAUCUGAAUUUCUCCACAGAUUAGACAGUUUCUGAUAAUUGGCCAUCUGUAUUUUCUGAAUUGCCUUUUCAUGCCCUUUGCCCAUUUUUCUGCUGGGUUGUUGGUCUCAUUGACUCUUGAGGGCUCUCUAUAAAAUGUCACGAUUGUUUUUCCCGUCUCUCAUUUGACUUAACUAGUUUGUGGUGUUUUGGUCUUUAAAGUUUCAAUCUUUAACACAAGCAAUGCAGUUAACUUAUUCUAUACGGUUUCUAGAUUUUACGUUGUAUUUUAAAAGGCCGUCCUUUGCUUUAAAAUUAUUAUUUUUUAAAUCAUUCCACAUUUUGGAGUGGUAUUUAUCGUUUUAUUUUGAGUUCAUUUGGAGUUUAUUUUUGCAUAUGAUGUGAGAUAAGUAGGGAUCAAAAUAUGGAACAUUCCUAUCAGACUCCUCGUGCCCUUGCCCAGUCAUAGUCCCUGCCUGUCCCUCAAAGGGGGGGAAAAUAUGUGAUUACUUUGACCAUAGAUUAGUUUUGCCUGUUCUAGAGCUUCAAGUGAAAUAGACCCAUUUAAUACAAAUUUUUUUAUUUUGUUGGCAGCACCGCACGGCUUGUGGGAUCUUAGUUCCCUGACCAGGGAUUGAACCCGGGCCCUCAGCAGUGAGACCAUGGAGUCCUAACCACUGGACUGCCA